AUGUCUUCGUAUGAUGUCGACACCGUUGCUAUCGACUACGUCAAUAAAGGCCUCACCAUUGGUUUUAUCGUGGGCAUAUUUGGAGCAAACUGCUCCCUCAUUUACAGAAUUAUUCGAAAAGGAGAAUUCUUUAACACUCCUCAAAGUCUCACUCUAAUAUCGCUGGCUAUUGGCGACAUAUUUCUAGCCUUAUUACCAUUAGUAGUGAAAGCGAUAUAUCUGUUUAAAGUCUCUGAGGAAGGUAUUCCAUGCAGUACUAAUCUUGCUGUCAUUAUUUAUAUGUGCUUCCUAAUCCAUUUUGUAUAUGCAGCGGGGUUGGUGGUUCUAGCAAUAGAGCUUAUUUAUAAAUACCGAACACAAACUUCAUCCGUUCAGACUAAGAAAAGCACCAUUAAGACAAUUGCUUGCAGUGCUUUUCCUUGGACCCUCGCAUUAGUAGUAGUUCUCCCGUUAAUGUUGGCAGGCUUAACAGAGAAGUCCAGUUCAUGCACAGCUCAUUUAACAGUCCAGAUACUUCAGGCAGCGUACGGAGUGUCUGUGCUGCUACCGGCUAUUGCGGCCAUCGUUAUGUGCGUUAUUGUUUUGUGUGUCAGGUUUCCGUCUGCGUAUUACACGUCCCCUGCAGUUUCUUACCAGGUCACGGAGCAGGCUAAUUUUGUAAGCCCACAGAGCAUGCAAAUGAUGCAUCAGCACCAUGUGGUGACCAAUCCCAUGGGGAAUGCGCAGUAUCCAGUAGGCGGUGCAGUUGUAGUACAUCAAUUCCCUGUGGAUAAUACCGGACCACAAGAGCCCCCUGGUAUUCAGGAAAACAACAAACAAGAUCCCAACCUUGCCGGUCCGACCCCAACUGCUCCCUUUACGCAGUACCCAGUACAACAGUACUCUCUCCAACAGUAUCCGGGAUCACAACAGUACCUAGGACAACAGCAGUAUUCGGGACAACAACAGUACCCUAUGCAACAGUACCCAGUUACUCAGUUUCCCUCUCAACAAUACAUCAUACAACCUAACGUUGUCAUUGCUGCUCCAGUUUACUCAAUACAGACUCAGAAUACAACAGGGUCACUUGCAGAUCCUGGAAGGGAAAAGAAAGUUCUUCUUCUGGUAUCUAUUAUCCAUUUUAUUUGCGUUGUUCCAUAUGCUGUGUACAUGUUGGGAUCUAAUAUUGAGGGUUACUCAGUGACUUUCGUUGACUUGAUUAUUAAUUUAUCUUUGUCGUGGCUGUCUGUUUUUCGGUCAUUAAUCACGCCCUGUAUCUUCGUUACAUUAAAUAAGUAA